AUGGUUGAGAUACUUCAGCAUAUGGAUGUGUUGGAGAGAAUUCGAGACGAAUUGUUCCUUCGCUUUGCGAGAGUUGUUGCAGGACCACUUUGCACCUACGACAUUCUCCUCAAUUUAGAUGUCGAAAUCAAGUAUGUCUGGGCAGCUCUCAAUCCUCGAAAUCGGUCGAUCAAGAUUGGGCCUGUGGUGUUCAACUUGGUAUACCUUGCACAGAGGUAUCUACCGUUGUGGGAUCGGUUUAUUUUGGCCACGUACGACAGCUUGGGCCCGUCUGACACGAAAACAUGUGUGGUCACUUACAAAAUGAGUGCAUGGAAUACGGUUAUAGGGUUAGUCCUUUCGGAAUGCAUCCUGGCAACAAGGAUAUGGGCUAUUUGGGCAGAUAAACCUUCCGUCCGUGUUGUGUUGGUCGGAUUGGCACUGAUAUGCUCGAUUUCUGCUGUGCUCUUCUUCGUGCGAUUUGUAACUGGAGUUCAGUGUCAGUUCCUCUCUUCCAAACACUUCCUAAGAGCCGUCACUCACAUCCCAAGAUGUAUUAGGCCCCAAGCUCGAUAUGCCCAGCACGGUACAGCUUCACGGGUGCUUCUGUUCAAUGGGGAGCAAGGAGCUCUACCUGCCCUGGAGUAUGUUGAUGGUUUUUAA